UCUCUCUCUCUCUCAUCUCUCUCUCUCUCCAAAUUUUCUACCUAAUCCCAAAUAGACGAAGAGCUUCUCAGCUCCAUUUCUCUUUCUAGGGUUUCUCUCUCUAAAAUCACCAUCACAAACCCCCAACUCCCACACUGCCAAAAAAACCAAAUCUUUCAUGGACAAUCCCAUGGCUCCUUCACUGGAAAACCAAUCAUCACCAUUCACACCACCCCUUUCUUCAUCAUCAUCAGAGCUCAAUCUUCCUCCAACAAUGUCACUCCCCUCUCUCUCUCUUCAAUCCCCAACAACAACCCCUUCUCUCCACAUCGAUCGAAUGGUGGGUACGAACUACCAUCCCUCUCCUUCUCGAACCAUCUACAGCGAUCGCUUCAUUCCCAGUCGAUCCGGCUCCAAUUUCGCUUUCUUCGACAUCUCUUCUUCUUCCAAUUCGCCUUCCGAGGGCCGAGAAGACUCGUCUGGGGCCUACAAGGCCCUGUUGCGGACCGCAUUGUUCGGUCCCGACUCGGGGGUCGUUCCUCCGCCCACCCCCGAGAAGGGGGUCGGAGUGAACGGCCGUGAUUUGCCGAUGAGUCAGCCGAGUCGGAAUAUUUUCCGAUUCAAGACGGAGACUCGGCAAUCAAUGCACUCACUUUCGCCAUUUGGGUUUGAUGAGCAAUUGCCUGGUGUUAUUCAUAGCCCUGUCAAGGCUCCAAGAAAAGUUCCCAGAUCCCCUUAUAAGGUAUUGGAUGCACCUGCUUUGCAAGAUGAUUUCUAUCUGAAUCUUGUUGAUUGGUCUUCUCAUAAUAUGUUGGCCGUUGGGUUGGGUAAUUGUGUUUAUCUAUGGAAUGCUUGUAGCAGCAAGGUGACAAAGUUGUGUGAUUUGGGAAAUGAUGACGGUGUCUGUUCAGUUGGUUGGGCUCAGCGUGGGACACAUCUUGCUGUUGGUACUAGCAAUGGCCAACUUCAGAUUUGGGAUGCCUCUCGCUGUCGGAGAGUGAGAAGUAUGGAGGGCCAUAGAUUACGUGUUGGUGCCCUAGCAUGGAGUUCAUCCUUGUUGUCUUCAGGAAGCCGGGACAAGAGUAUUCUUCAACGCGAUAUCCGUGCUCAGGACGAUUUUGUUAGUAAGCUGACUGGACACAAGUCUGAGGUUUGUGGACUGAAGUGGUCUUAUGAUAACCGUGAGUUAGCUUCGGGAGGAAAUGAUAAUCGACUUUUUGUAUGGAAUCAGCAUUCAACACACCCUGUGCUAAAAUAUUGUGAGCAUACAGCUGCUGUAAAAGCAAUUGCAUGGUCCCCUCAUCUUCAUGGACUUCUAGCUUCUGGAGGUGGUACUGCUGACCGAUGCAUUCGUUUCUGGAACACAGCCACUAACACACAUCUGAGCUGCAUGGACACUGGAAGCCAGGUUUGCAAUCUUGUGUGGUCUAAGAAUGUCAAUGAACUUGUCAGCACGCAUGGAUACUCCCAGAACCAAAUAAUAGUUUGGAGAUAUCCUACAAUGUCAAAGUUAGCAACACUAACGGGUCAUUCAUAUAGAGUUCUUUACCUUGCCAUCUCACCAGAUGGACAGACAAUUGUUACAGGAGCCGGAGAUGAAACACUGAGGUUCUGGAAUGUAUUCCCUUCGCCUAAAUCUCAAAACACUGACAGCGAAAUUGGAGCAUCAUCUCUUGGAAGAUCUCAGAUACGGUGACCCCUGCAGACCUUUGGUUUAUCGGCCUUCCAGCGUCUAGAGUUCCUUCUGCUGCUGCAGACCAACAAGAAAAUCAUAGUUUGUCAAGCAAAAAAUGGUAAUGUGAAACAAAGCUCAGCUAAAUGAUCUGCUUGAAUGAGAGUCCAUGCAUUGCCAGAGCAUUCGCAGGGAGCUAGAAGUUCAGAUAUGGGUGGAAACGAUAAAUUAUGGCGACAUAUCCUGCAAAUUGAUGAUUUUUUUAUGUUUUACUUUGUGAUCAACUUAUACGUGUACAACGGGAGGCAUUAUGAAGAACUCGAUAAUUGCUCCCUUGAAUUUCAAAAAUUAUUUGGCAAUGCAACAAAUGGAUGGCGGAGAUUUUGAUUUGUGGUAUAGUCAUGUCAGUGCAGCAUGUGGCACUGAAUAGUUUGUUCUUGAAUUAUGUAAUUAAUAGAGAUACUAUGUUUAGUUUAGAACAUCAAGGUGUAGUAUGCACCUACAUUUCUUGUGAAUAAAUUAUUAUUAUUUUUUUCCAUA